UGUUCCAACUUCUCUGGUAGGACGUUUGAGAGAAGCCGCUUCGAUACCUUCUGUAACCGAAAACGUCUUUGACAGAUUAUGGAAACAUAUGACGUGAUAGUUAAUCAACCAGUAGUCAUAGACAACGGUUCCGGAGUCAUAAAGGCAGGUUUUGCUGGUGACCAAGUACCGAAAUGCCACUUCCCAAACUUCAUUGGACGACCAAAGCACAAGAGGGUCAUGGCAGGUGCCUUGGAAGGAGACAUCUUUGUAGGGCCAAAAGCCGAGGAGCACAGAGGUCUCCUGAGCAUUCGCUAUCCGAUGGAGCAUGGCAUUGUCACGGACUGGAAUGAUAUGGAGAGGAUAUGGCAAUACAUCUAUUCCAAAGAGCAGCUACAGACAUUCUCUGAAGAGCAUCCUGUCCUCCUCACUGAGGCACCCAUAAACCCACUACGAAACCGGGAACGCUCUGCAGAAAUAUUUUUUGAAACAUUCAAUGUCCCAGCAUUAUUUGUGUCUAUGCAAGCCGUCCUGAGCCUGUAUGCCACAGGUCGGACAACAGGUGUGGUGCUUGACUCGGGUGAUGGAGUCACACAUGCAGUGCCUAUAUAUGAGGGCUUCGCCAUCCCCCACAGCAUUCUGCGAGUGGACAUUGCUGGCAGGGAUGUGACCGCCUACCUACGCCACUUGCUGCGGAAGGAAGGUACUAACUUCCACACGACAGCAGAAUUUGAGAUUGUCAAGACAGUAAAGGAGAAGGCCUGCUAUUUGGCAAAUAACCCCCAACGAGAAGAGACGAUGGAUACUGAGAAGGCUCAUUACACACUGCCUGAUGGAACUACUCUAGAAAUUGGACCAGCACGUUUUCGAGCACCUGAGGUACUCUUUCGACCGGACCUUCUUGGUGAGGAGUUUGAGGGCCUGCAUCAAGUGCUCGUCUUCGCCAUCCACAAGUGUGACAUGGAUCUCCGUAGGGUUUUAUACCAAAACAUUGUUCUCUCUGGAGGCUCUACACUUUUCAAAGGCUUUGGUGAUCGGCUGCUUGGUGAGGUGAAGAAGAUAUCACCUAAGGGUAUCAAAAUCAGGAUAUCAGCCCCACAAGAACGGCUCUACUCCACCUGGAUUGGUGGCUCCAUUCUGGCUUCUCUUGACACAUUCAAGCGCAUGUGGGUAUCCAAGAGGGAGUAUGAAGAGGAAGGCAUGCGGGCCCUUCAUCGCAAGACUUUCUGAACUGUGGCCACUCGUGUAAUAAGACUUCUUGCCCCAUCCUUUUUUUAAAAAAGCUGGCUGUUCAGUCUUUGUUAGCCAUCGGUUUGGUUUUUAUUUAUUAUCCUUGGUAUCAUGGGAAGCACCACCUCACAUUGAGGCAGGAUAUACUAUGGGCAAACAUGACUUGAAGAAGUGUCUCUGUGCUGACAUAGAAGCUAUAUGCCAGCACUGCAUCUUGAGUGCCACUUUUGGCAACCUUGUGGUUUGCAAGACCAUUCUGAAGUGCUGAACUCUUGAUCACCUUUGUGAUGUGGCAGGCCUUACUAGGCACAUUCCAAACAGUUGUCAGUCACACGUCCAGCGUAAUCAUGAAGUAAGCUUGUUUUGCUUAGUUUGCAUGUAACAUCUCGUGGCUUGCCUUGCAAUUCAGCUUUGCCCUAAAAGGUGCCACUCAAAUGGCACGGC